AUGAACCAGGGGCAAAGGAGGCGAAAACUCUGCAUAUCGACCUCUACACCAGCUCGUGCUGGCAUCAUUGACCGGGGACAAGAGUACCUAGGUCAUCAGUGGAAGGGCACGGUGCAUCUCAUUGUCAAGGCCCAAGAGGUGCUGAAGUUGUGGAAGCAUAUAGGUAGGGGCCAUUCACACUCAGCUCCACCACGCACGCAUUUGAGAAAUUCUGUGAUGAUCUCGAAACGCUUGUUCCAUUACCCCAUCUUCACCGCAGCACAAGAAGUCUCAACCAUGAAGUGGCUCGAUAAGGCAGGUACUUCGGUCUUGAUUGCGGCCAGGUUCUGGGUCACGCUCCCAUACCAGCAUAUGUUUAUCUAUUGCACUCUUCGGCCGGCCCAAGAGAUUCAGGCUGUUGCAAAUCUGGAUAUAGAAGUACCGGAAAAUCGAACGACACUACUGAAGGCCGUCAAGACUUGGCGGACCGGGAAAUGGGACGAACUGAAUCGUAUAAUAGUCGGGGCAUUUGCCUUGACAGCCAUUGUCACUGCAUCCCUCUCUUGGGCAAGCAUCCAGACUUCACACUGGACCGGCCCAGCUUUGUGGUACGCGUCGCUGGCGCUGUGCAUCCUGGGAUUCGGCGUCGCGUCGCAACAGCAACUAUUACUGGGGUUGCUCGACGAGGAAAAGGCUUUGGACGUGGAUAAUCCUCCCGACGCAGACUCGGCGAAGAAGGUCAUACUACGACAUCUGAAUCAGAUCUUGGCGCUAAAGAGGUUGAUCCAGCAGCAUCUUCCUCCUAGUACAGAUGUUGAAGCACAAGCUGGCGCAUCAACACAGGGGAGUCAAUCAAGCAGCAGCAAAGCAGGUGCCGUAGUACCCGGUGUGGUCGGAACGGCAACAGCUGCUGGGGGAUCACCGCCGCCGCCGCCGCCGCCGCAAUGGGUGUUGAGCGCACGAAGAAUGUUUUUCUGGCAAUGCUCCAUCAUGGUCAUGUCGUGGUCAACCGGCCUUUACCUGAUCGGGCUGGCGAUUGUCGUGUGCACGCCGAUUUUGGAGAGGAGGCCAUGGGAUGCCGAGUCGCAUAUGACUAUAUCCCUGUGCCAGAGGACGCCGACCGAACGUUUCUGCAACAAGUGGUGCGGCGAGUUAAAGAUCUUGCAGAGGGGAGAGAUCCUUUUCAGCCCAGGGAAAAUCGGUAGCAAGCUGGAAACUGGUCGAAUACGAUCACCGAGAAACGGUCAGGAAAUUGUCAAGAAGAAGGCAGGAGAAAUCUGGAAAUCAGAAAGGGAACAGAAUUGA